UGUGCUGUAGGUUGGAGCAAAGUUACAUUACCGUGCUCAGAUUACAUUUAAACUGAAGUCGGGUGGAGUCCAUGCGGAAUUUGAGGAGAACGGAUUUGCAGUUUAAAAGCUAGCUAAUUCAUAGACUUAAGAGCUAUAUAACGUAGUAAUUGACAUCAUGACAACCACCACCACCUUCCAAGGAUUGGAACCGGGUUCAAAAAGUAGUUCCAGGGUUUUGCGACCUCCCGGCGGAGCCUCAAACAUAAGCUUCGGCUCAGAUGAGGAGAAACCUACCCGAAAGAACAAAAUGGCCUCCAACAUCUUUGCUGGACCGGAUGACCCCCACGCUCACCGCAGGAACAACCCACCUGGAGGGGAGGCCAGUGGGGUUCUGUGUGGAGAGCCGUCCGCUCCGCUGAGGCGCUGCCACCAAUCUCCCAUCUACACUGAGCUGGCACCACCACCUGCGCCCGAGCCUGAGCCCUCACCUUCUAGAAACAACAUCAAAGUUGAAGAUCAACAGCAGCCCAAUGAUGAAGUGGAGGAGGACCUGAACGACGAGGCCACCGAGCGCUCUGUCGCCCCUGUACCUACACCUGCUGCUGCCCCCACUGGCAGGAGAAACCCCCCCGGAGGGAAGUCCUCCUUCACCCUGGGUUGAGGGGAUUCCCACCAGACUGUUCUUCAUUUGCUUUGUUGUGUUUUUUUUUUUUUUAUGUUAUGUUAUUAUCUCUGAAUUUUUUUAAAGAAUCGCCAUGCUUUCCCCGCCCCCCCAGCUCCCCCUCGAGCUCCGGGGAUGUGAUUGUCCUGCACUCUGUUUUCACAUUUUUUCUAUCAAAAAAAAAAGGAGAAAAAAAAAGAGCAGAACAGAACUUUGACAUGCACUUUAUGUUUGUCCUCCCUAUCAGCUCGUCCUGCGCAGCACAGCGGGCACAGUGGGCACAGCUUGAGCUCCUCUCAGUCUGCCCCUUGUGAACGGAGUCAAGAAAGACAAAAAAUGUUGUUGCGCAAAAUUUCUAAAUACAAUAAAGAUUGAUUAUAAAAUU